AUGUCAACGCCAUCAGUUCUGCCCUCUCCAGAUAAAAAAGAUAUUGACGAAGCUGGUCCUUCUUCCAAGAAAGAUGAUUUAAAAGCCACAAAAACCGAAAGCAGCGAGGAAAAUAUUGCCGAUGAAGGCACAACUGAUAAAAAUGGCAGUGACAACGAAGAGGAGGAGAUGGAAGAUUUGUUUGGUGGUGAGGACGAAAAUGAAGAAGCAACUAGUGACAGCAAAGAUGCUGAUAACAUUGAUGCAGUGGAAGAAAGCAACGAGGAUGAUGAAACAAAGAAGAGUGAAGGGAAUGAGGAGGAGGAUUUACAAAGAGCCGCUUUGACUCUUUCAAGACAUCCAAGAUCACAUGCACCAAUGAAUGACGAUGUGAUCAUGUUUAAUCUACCGAGAUUCAUCUCGGUUGAUCCUGAACCAUUUUCGCCAACAAACUUCGAGGAGCAACUCGAAGAGUUCAUAAAGGAAAAAGAGCAGGAAGGAGAGGGAUCUAAGGAUAGUGCCACCACAAAUGGAAUUAAGGAUUCAAUUCAAUUUCGGAAGUUACAAUUACUCAAUACAAUUAGGUGGAGAUAUGCGAAAACACCAUCUGGUGAGUUAUACAAGCAAUCAAAUGCUAAAAUUAUCGAGUGGGAGGAUGGAACGAUGUCUCUCAAGGUUGGAAAUGAGUUUUUUGAAAUCAAGUUUAACAGAAACGAGGACAACAUUCUUGCAUUCCAGGGUGGUCAGGUUUUGAUUGGCGCAUUUAACGUUAACAAGAGCAUCAAGGUUCUUCCACCAUCAACAAAUUCUAUUGCGCACAAGAUUUUGGCCAGUACGAUUCAGAAUAACAUGAAACUAAGAAGAACUAGAAAAAUCAACACGAUAGUGACCAAGGUUGAUCCUGAGUUGAAGGCCAGAGAAAACGAAAAGGCACUUCGUGAGAUCGAGAAGGCUAGAAGGAAGCAAGAUAGCAAGAUACAGCAAGCAGAGGAAAAACUCGGAAGGAGAAGUCGCUCACAAACUGCAGGUUCAUCUCGAGCACUUGAUGAUAUUGAUAUCGGUGAAGAAGAGGAAGAGGAUGAUGAUUAUUCACCGGUGAGGAGGUCAGGAAAGCAUGGGCUCAAUGCUGAUGGGUAUGAAAAUGAUGAUUUUGUUGUUGAUGAUGAAGAUGCGGAGAAUGAUGAAGGUGAAGAGGAAGAGUCUGCUGAGGAUGAAGAGGACAACGAGGAGAAAAUCCAGGAAGCUGCGGAAAGAUUAAAGAAAGUGAAAGAGGCUGGAAGUAAACUUUACGAGGAGAGACAGUCUGAGCCAUCUGCUGGUGAGAAGAGGAAAGGUGAAAAGAUAGAGGAUGAUGAUGAUGAAGAGGAUGAAGAUGGUGCGGCAAUUGUCAGUAAGAAGAGACGUGUAAUUUUGGAGGAUGACGAUGACGAAUAG